AUGGCUCUGCUGAAGGUUCUGCUGCUGCUGGGGCUGGGUGUUUCAGUGAACUCAGAUGUUUCUCUGCAGAAGAGAAUCAUUGGAGGUCAAAACUGUCAUGUAAGUGAGCGUCUUUAUCAUGUUCGGCUGGAGAGCAUCAAGGGUAAUGAAAGGAUCCGCUGUGGAGGAUCUCUGAUCCACCCUCAGUGGAUCCUGACUGCAGCUCGAUGCUGGAAGUCGGAGCCAGGAUGGACUAACAGAGCAUUCUUAAAAGUUCAUCCACGGACUGUUAUACAGUACAAUCAGGUAAUCCAAGACUCUCCUGUGAUUUACGGCCCGGACCAUGACAUCAUGUUGCUGAAGCUUCGGACACCAGUAACAGAUGUCCCACUUCCUCGACUACCAGACUGCAAUAGUCGUCUUAAAGUAGGCGAUGUUGUUCAGCUGGCAGGAGAGGGAGCAACGACAACUGGCCCCAAUAAUCGGCGAUUAACAGCUGCUCCUCUUCCAGCAAAUCUUCAGUGUGUCGACAUGAAAGCUGUUGCUGUUUCCACCUUCUUGCAGACACGUGGGCAUGUAUUCCUUACUGAAUCACUGAACAAGGAUAUAUGCUAUGCUGAUGCUGGGGGAGCAGCAGUGCACAACGGCAUGAUUUAUGGUGUGAUUUCUUUUUUUGGAGCAGACUAUGCUUUUCUGCAAUCGAUUGUAAUUGUGGAUGUGUGUGAAUACCUGGGAUGGAUGAAACAAACAACUGGGAUUGAAUAAAACAUAAACUAUCAUGAAAUAAAAUUCUCAUCAAAUUUUGUCUCACAUGUAAUUUUAUAAUUGUAUAUUCAUCAGUUUGAUAUACAUGUUUGUAGAAUUAAAAUAAAUCAAUAAUUUGUUUUUCUCACCUCA